AUGUCCCAACAGCAGCUGCCUUACAUGCUUAGUGCCCUCAAGAGUGCCAACACGAACCACCGUCACAUCACCUACAUGCGAUUUACGCAGCCAGGGAUCACGUCUCCUAGCCAUCGUAUAAGUGAAGUUUUCCUGCCUCCUUCUCUUCUCCUUCUGCUAACUCCCACAGUUCCGCUCAUUUUUUCUAUUGUCGCUUCCAAUCCAAUAUACCGUAGUUGCCUCGCUCUGGGUUUAGGCGAGCGACUUGAUGUGCCCUUUGUAUUGUCGUCUGCAUUGCCUACCCUCUCGGUUGGUCCAACAACUCAGAGAUUUGCGGUCAAGGAAGUGGAGUUACAAAUUAGUGGGUGGUGUGUGCUGCGUUCAGGUCGAUGCGAGGUUGGUUGGGCAUACGUGCUGACGAUAGCAUGUGGUGUGGUCAGCGUGGUACUGUCGGGAAUGCCAAACCUCCGACAAUCUCUUCUGCGGCGCAACGCCUUAUUGUCACCGUUGGCACGAUUGCCACCCAGUGAUGCGAAAUGCUUCCUUCUGCCUCCCAGUCACUUCCAACCUCACAUUGCCCCUCCUUGGUACACCAUUCACAAAUUGGUAUUCCUCAGUGGUGGCGGCGGUGCUGGCGGCAUAAACUGCAAUGCUAGGCGGCGUCCUCGUUCGCUUGUGGUUACUGGCGACUCCAGAAUCAUGUGUCAUCUUGCGCAUCGACUUAGCUGUUCUGCCUUCUCCUCCAUUCGAGAGCAGCAUCAAGCCGAACUGCUCGCCACGACGGCCUCGGUAAGUUCGUUCAUUCAUCUUCAAGCAUCCCUCCGUCGAUGUCGAUUGCUUGUGACACUGAACCCAACCCAUUCUACCCUCCGCUCCUUACCGCCUGCCUUCAGUAGGUGGUACGGAAGCCAGUCAUCUGCUCCCUCAUCCACCUACCUACUACGUGUUCUCCCACUAUCCGGUGUUCCACUCAUUUCUCUCUCAGCAGACCAGCCUCACCCUACACCAUGA